AUGCACAACAUUUUUCUGUACUCAGUCGUGCUCUCUCUUGGUCUUGUUGCCUUCAUCACAUGUUUCACAGCCGAGUUCAAGAGAACAAAGAAAGAAGAUAUUCGAUGGGACACAGAGAGGAACUGUUAUAUACCUGGAAGCCAUGCGUUUGGGCUCGGAUCAGCAGCUGUUCUUUGCUUCUGUCUUGCUCAGAUCGUUGGAAACGUAGUUGUGUUUCGAAAUCACAGGACACGAAUUAAGAGAGAAGAUGGUUACAAGAUUACUGAUCUUAUUUUACCCACUGUGCUAUUGCUCUUUUCCUGGUUCAAUUUUGUGGCAGUGGUUUUAAUUCUGAGUACUGCUAUAAGCAUGAGCCGAGCUCAGCCUUAUAGAGAAGGAUGGCUCGGAGAAGAUUGUUACCUGGUCAAAGACGGCGUCUUUGCAGCUUCAGGCUGCUUAGCCAUCCUUGGACUAGGAGCCUUGACCAUAUCAGCCAUCAAGAUUAAAGUAAACAAACAACAACUUGUGCAAGUCAUCAUCAAAGACCAAAACCAAAAACAAACAAAAUCAAAAGAAGGUGAUGAGCACCAAACGAACAAGUCAGAAACUGUCAUUUACUUGGUGGAACAAGCGUCUUCCACUACCGAUAAUAGCAGGAUAUAA